AUUCAGAAACACAACAAGAGCUUCAUAAGAGGCUGCGGUUGCUGCUCUUGUACAUGCCAGCAAGAGCGCGAGCAGCAAUCAGGACCAUUUCGCGUCUCGGCACUCCAGUUAAGGCUUCAUGCCACUGAGAAGGGGGAACCUGGAAAGAAAUCCACAAAACCACCAAUAUUAAUACUUUCACUUGGACCCAAGCAAGUGUCCUGCACUAUUGCUUUUCCAAAAACUGCCUGGAACGCCUCCCGGACUGGGCUGACUUUUACUUCUUUAUCAGAAGCUACCACAAUAUCCACAUCACCUCCAGAAUCUACAAACCACAUUACGAUUGAAACCAUUCGAGAGAGCAGAUUGCUGGAGGUAACUCCACCAGCAACUCCGCGAACCCAACCAAACAACCCAGCGCUUCCGUCACCUCCUGCUUGUUCACCUGCUUCCACAGCUACUUCUGGAGUGGCGGGACUACCACCUGCUCCAGCCAAAGAAGUAGAGAUGGAUUCAAUGACACCUGUGGGAGCACCAAAACUUAUGGAAUUUUCUUGCCAAACUUGUUCUAAAACUUCAACAGCUGAUCCAGGUAACACCAACGCCACUUGUCUUCUUCAAAUGAAGAUUCAAGAGAAUACAACUAAUAUUAAGGAAAAUCCGAACGUUUCUACAGUGUUAUUAGAAUUCCAGAGACCGACACUCGAUACACUGAUAGAAGGUUUAGGGCGUAUACGUGACCAACUGGCAAAUGUUGCUAAUAGAAAAUGAAACCAUAACAUGGGACUACAAAUAUUCAAGCAACUCGUUCUAAUCAGCAUUUGUAUAGAUCAUUCUCUAAGAAUUUCAUUGAAAGGAUAGCUUUGUUGUAGUCUUAGCUAGAUAAGGUGUUCUUACACCAUUUCCUACACGAUCACGAAUUAAAAAGUGUGAAGUUCAAUUACUGGAAGUAAUUUCAGCGAAGUGUUAUUGGAAUUUAAUUAGUUGUAUUCAUGUAGCAUGACGUCAUUGUGUGUAAAGCAAAAUAUUCAGAGGACAAAUAAAAGUUUCUUACUUUUGUUAGAAAUCGUAACUUUUCUUUUGUAAUUCUUAGUCCUGUUAAGGUUUUAUUUUGGCUUUUUGACCUUGCAAAUAACUUUCAUUGAAUUCAUUCCUCUGAAUCCCUUGUCUUGUUUUUUAUAGUUUUAUUAAUUUUAGUUAGUGAUAAAAAAUAUUGCUUUCAUAAUUAGGUAGGCGCUUCUUGUAAGUACAAUUAAAUACAAUACUAUAAAUUAUAAUUUUUUAAAUCAACAUGGACAUAUCUGAUUACAUUAAAAAGGUGAACUAAACAUGUUGUUUUAUGUAUUAUGUGAACUCUUGUUUUAUUGAAAAAAAGAAAGAAAGAUUUUUUUUGUUGGUAAACAAAGUUCCAUCUACAUAAUAUGAGGUUGUCUUUCGAAUUUUGAUUUUAGACAAAUGUUUCUGAAGGGGUUUGUUGAAAAUCGCUUUAUAUUUAUAAGGCAGCAUUUACCGUUUGUAAUAUACUCAACACAGUUCUAACCGCCUAGCACUCGUGUUGAUUUCUUUCAAACUUUAAAUGAGUUGUUGCCAUCACAAUAAUUGGCUAAUUUCAUUAUGGGUUAAUGAGUUGUCCUAAUUUGUUUCAUAAAUCGUGAAUUCAAGGUCAUAUUUUUAAUUUUUCAGUGAUUAGUACUGUCAUUACUUGGGAGCUGACUUAUAAUGAAAUGUAAUUUUUUUAUGUCUUCACUUUAGAACAAUGCCUUUUAGUGUAUACAUUAAUUUUAUAUUAUGAUAAAAGGAAAUAACCUUCAUUAUUUAUGCAUUUUUUGCUGAUUUCAUUGAUUCUAAUAUCAUUAUAAUGGUACUUGCUUCAAAUAAAAUUUACAGAAUGCAACAAAUAUUCUCCACCUCCAAAUAUUCUCCUGAGUAACCUAUUCGAUUUCUUUGCCCAAAAAUUAUGGCAGCCAUUGUGAGUAUGUAAUGAGUAUCCAAGCUUCUGUGACCCUUAUCAGUGCCAUUGUCAGUUUGGCCAAUUUCAUGAUUACUAAAUAGAGAUUUCCUGGUAAAGGACAGUUCAAACCUAAAGUUUACUUGAAAGGAAGAAGCCUCAAUUACAUCAGUAACAUAUUGAAUAGCUAGAGUUGUUCAUUUAAACUGGUUUUGAUUACAUGUUUGGGGAAAUUUUCUUUCCUUUUAGAGCAUUUUUAAACAUUUUUAGAGCAUUUUAAAACAUUUUUAAAGCAUUGUGUUGAUCAUUUCUAGCAAUGUUUUAGGUCGUGGCUUGUGGCUACUGUAAUGUAAUAUUUAUAUUUAAUAUUUCAUGUGAUUUUAUUAAACACUAACUGAACACAACACAUUUUUUUAGUGAUUUAAGCUCACUAUGA